AUGGUUGGAGGGACUGGGUAUGCGAAGAACAUCUUCUUCGACCAUAUCUCUGUCAACGCGGCCAUUCAUCCCAUUGUCAUUGACCAACAUUACUGCAACGUCCGAUCGUCCUGUCCAGAGCAGAAGAAAGCGGUGCAAGUGAGUAGCGUGUACUUCACAAAUGUACAUGGAACAUCAGGUGGAAAAGAAGCAAUUUAA